GUCCGGGUGUUUGACUCGCUGCAUGCACGGACGGACACUGCGUCGGUGCGAGUCAGUCGCGGCACAGCUGCCUUCUCUCCACUUUGCAGUCGCCGCAGCCCCAGCUAUGAAGUCCCUCGCGUUCGGUGCGAUCCCGCUCGUCUUCGUCGCUCUCGUCGGCUGCAGAGCUCCGUCAUCCUGCCCGAGAGGACAGUUUGUGCUGAAGAGUCAGUGUGUCCUCUGCCAUCCCACCUGCUCCGAGUGUUUAGGUCAUGAGCUUUUUGAGUGCACAACCUGUGGAGUGGAUGAAAAUGGACAGGAACGUUUCCUCCACCAAGGUCGUUGUCGGACGCACUGCCCGCGCGGACUGUAUCCUGACAGAGGUCGCUAUGCUUGCCUGCCCUGCAUAGCCAAUUGUGAACUGUGCACAGAUGGCAACGUUUGCGCCAAAUGUCGCGAACGCUACAAACUCCACAACGGGCUGUGCCAAACGGCACUCGCAUGUGAUAUAGGACAAGUACAGGAUCCCGAUACAGGCGAUUGUAUUGACUGUGAGAUGGGCUGCAAAACAUGCUCAACAGAAGACCCUGAGGUUUGCAGCAGUUGCUCUCAAGGUUACUUCCUUUUCAGGCACCGCUGUCGUAAGCACUGCCCCCAGAGCACGUAUGAGGAGCCGGGCAGGGGUGCGUGUCUGCCCUGCCCCAUGCCGUGCACAGACUGCACAAGUGAUGCACACUGCCUCGCUUGCCAGCCAGAUUACUUCCUAAAUGGAGGCGAAUGUGUGAAACAGUGCCCCCAACAAACCUUCAGCGACACCACCGGGUGGCGCUGUGAGCCUUGCCACAGCUCCUGCCAAGCAUGCCAUGGGCCUCGGUCAACAGACUGUGACCUCUGUCUCUCGGGUAACGCUCCUCUUCACGGGCAGUGCCCUUUGGCAAACUGUCCACUGGGGCACUACUUUGACGCCGAGUCCAGUAAAUGUCACACAUGUGAUGUCUCCUGCAAGACCUGCUUCGGCCCACGGGCGCUGGAUUGCUCUUCGUGUUUUAAAGACUAUUUCCUGGACCAGGAAAGUUCUUGCGUGAUGCAGUGUCCCCCCGGCUCCUACGCUAACUCGGCCACUCAGCUGUGCGAAAACUGCUCGCCAAACUGCGAGGCCUGCGUGGGCUCGAGCGAUAACUGCGUCGACUGUUCCAAAGGCGGCUUGAAGCUUUUUCUCCACCGGGGGAGGUGCUGGUCAAAUUGCCCGGAAGGUUACUGGGAGACAGCAGAGGGAUGGUGCAGCGCCUGCGACGAUUCCUGCCUGACAUGUGAAGGGGCCAGUACAAAGUGUCUGGCGUGUGCAGACGGCCUCUACUUGGAGGGCGGCGUGUGCGGCCUCAACUGUUCGCUGGGCGCUUACCCUGCAGAUGACGCCACCUGCAGGCGCUGCCCCCCUCAUUGCGAUAUUUGCUCAGAUGACAGGACCUGCUUCAAGUGCAGCUUCUUGUAUCUGAUGCUGAACGGCGCCUGUAAGGCCAAUUGUCCCACGGGCUACUACGAGGACAUGGAGGAGGGGCGUUGCGGUCUGUGCCACCCGACCUGUGCCAGCUGUUCUGGGCCUUUGGCGGAUGACUGCGAGACCUGCUCCACGUUCAGUCCCAAACUUUAUAAGGGCGCAUGCUCAAAAGAGUGCCCGACUGGCACCUACUAUGAAGCUGCAGCCACGGAGUGCCAAGAGUGCCACCAGACGUGUGUGAGCUGCUCCGGUCCGGACCCCGACCAGUGCACCCAAUGUGAACGAGGCCUGGUCCUGGAUCCCAACACUUUGCUGUGCGGCGUAACCGGUGAUAGCGACUGCCCGCCGAGGACCUUCCUGCACGACGACCAGUUCACCUGUAUGGGCUGCCACCGCCACUGCUACUCCUGCGAGGGGCUCGGCAGAGAUGAAUGCCUGACGUGCGCUGUCCCCCGAUACCUGCACAACAGGACCUGCGUGAGCGAAUGUCCUGUCGGUACGUACACCAGCGCGCAGGAGGCGGACGGAACCCAGCUGGGCUUGUGUUUGCCGUGCGAUCACGUGUGCGCCACCUGCACGGGGUCCUCGCCCAGAGACUGCCUCACGUGUUCCCCGAGAACCCUGCGCCUCCUUCAUCUCUGUGUCCGCCAUUGUCCCACAGGGUACUACCAAGCGGGCUCCCGUUGUGAGAAAUGCCACCACUCGUGUGAGAUGUGCUCAGGUCCCGGGCCCGAAUCCUGCCGGGCCUGCCUGCCUCCCCUCCUGGAGGUGCGAGGCACCAAGCUGUGCGUGGAGCGCUGCUCACAGCGUUUCUACCGACUGGACGACGUGUGCCUGCAGUGCCACAUCAGUUGCCACACCUGCGCAGACGCCUCACCUCAGAGCUGUGUGACGUGCGACAAUGGCAGCACGCUAAAGGACAAAGUCUGCUAUCCACGCUGCGAGGAGGGGAAAUACUUCACUGAAAAGGCCACCUGCGCGGGAUGCGACAGCUCGUGCAAGCAUUGCAGCGGGCCCAGACCUGACCACUGCCUAACUUGUCACCGAGAUUCCGGCCUUCACGCCGUGGAGAGCCGCUGUGCCCGCUGCUGCCAGGCGGGGGGGAACCGCACAGAUUGCUGCGUCUGCGACAGCCGCUCAGGUCUGUGCGUGGAGGCCCCCGAACCCAAGUCAAUGGACGAGCCGGUAACGGACAACAACAUGUCUUCGAGCGUCCUCAAUCACGCGUCGACCGCCGCCGCUCCUGUCGCCCUGCUGGCCGCGCUCGCUUUGGCUCUGCUCGCCCUCGCCUUGUUGAAGGCCCGAACCGGGAGGAGGCUUUGCUGGAAGCGGAGUUACGAGAGACUGAGCGGCGGCCCCAACAUGCCUCACGGCGUCCCCGAACCGGACAGCGGCGACGAGGUGGACGUGGUGUACACCAGUCGAGGCGGCUCCGUGUACCGUCGUUACAGUUUUAUCCACGAGCAUGAUGCCAACGCGGAUCAGAAUGUAGAUGAGAGUACUUGUCUCAACCAGUCCUAGUAAAGACCCACCAAAAACCAUUUAGGACAAUGGUCGCAUGGACCUGCAAAAAUAUGACAUAAAAACACUGUAAUGUGUAUACCUGGCCACUAGUUGGCGAUGUCACUUUGUGUUGUUUGAAUGACGCUCAAGCAGAGGGAAAGUAAUUGUGACAUUUUGUAUUUGUUUGUUGCGCUUUAAGUUAUCUUGUUAAUAUUAGGUGGUCUAGUGCAGUUUCGCAACUUUCAUUUUAUAUUAGAAAAAUGAUUUGCUGAUAUCUAAGAGAAGCAUAUUUCUUUUUAAUGAUAUCCGUCAAGACAGAGCGGCUCAAUGCUUGAAUGAGUACAUGAUCGUUUUUCCGCACAUCGCUACCUAACAACAAUUCACAAGCAAAGCAAGAAACCAAUAUAAUCGUUUCCAAUUGAUUAAAGAUGUUUUUGAGCGGGGGAAUUUGACUUUCUCGUACAAAGUGCCUGCAUUUUGAUACUGUCAUGGAACUUGUUAGUGAAGGCAUAUGGGAGUAAAACAUUGACACGGGAGUAAAACGUUGACACCCAAGGGAAUAAAAAGUGACUUUUCUUU